AACCGACCUUGUUCUUGGUCGCACAACCGACUUCACGACUGCCACUUAUUUACAACAGGCGACCCCCGUUGCUCUCAAUGGGAAUCCGUUACCGAUUAUCGAGAGAGAACGACACGUCGACAUGAAUUGACGCCGAGGAUAGAACUGUUCCAAACCUGCCGAUGCGCGUAUGAGUGCCGCCUCUGAAGGGUCCGGCCUCUGAGGAGCCAUGUACUGGCCGCUUGGGACACCGCGGAUCUAUGCUACGAGCAGCUCCCGCCAGCCGGACUCUCUCCGCGUAGUUUCGCACGAUGGCCUCCCUAGCACGCCCGGGCGGCCUGAGCAGAGAUUCGAUAAUGCUUCGCUCCUCUCUCCAAACUCCGCUGUUCUCCAACAAGACGGUCCGGGUACCUCGUCCGCGGCCCCCUCGACAAACCCCAUCACUCCAGUGACACCGAUUACUCCCUUGACUCCUGGCAUCAAACCCAUAGAGCACGACUAUCUCGACGAAAACAGCCCCGUACACGCGCCAGGAAUCGCUCCUCCCCCCAUACCGCUGCGGGAGCCCAUUUUGGCUCUACGCGUAGCUCGCGCUGGCCAUAUAUUUGCCGUCAUCACGGCAACAUCUAUGGUCAUCUGGCAAACAAAGCCAACCGUCGUCCUAGCUGUCGUCGUCCGUUCCGAAGCGUCUCUCGAGACCUACGGCACCAACACCAACCUCCUCAUCCGACCGGACUCGGCCAUCCUUGUACUUCACACGAGCUUGGGCUAUCUGAUAACAUACUCUCUCGCCACGGACCCCGAAGCCCGGGUUUACCGGCCGCAUUUUGCCAACCACACCAAUGUCCAACGGAGACGGCAGAAUCAUGUCGGGGAUCCCGGCCACGCUGCUCCCGACCAAAUACUAUGGGGCCCGGGGGAGGGGCCUGGGGUGAGGGAUGUCAGUGUUCGCUUCCGGAUGGUGAUCAAGGUGGAUGCGGGGAUCGAAAGCGCUUUGGCCCUUGACGACGAGCUGAUUGUGGCCACACGCAAACCCGCCGCCGUCCAGUGCAUCCGCUGGGCACCCGAUAACUCGGGAAGCCAGACAAGCACCGAACUAUUGAGCCGGAUGAGCUGGUUAGAAAAGAAGGUCACAGUCAGGGAGAUGACCCACGACAGGCCCAUGAACCUCUCAACAUGGAUCACGAGCGAUGGAAGGGCGUACGCGAUGCAGCGAAUAGCCCCUACCCAACAAGAAAGCGGCUCAAACGAGCCUGCCGACCCCAAGAAGCUAUUCAAAGGAUACUGUUUCCACACACCCCGGAACGACGGGGACCAUGCUGUUCGAUGUGUGAUCAACGCGAGGUUUUCGUUAAUUGCAGUCGGGUGCACCGAUGGAAGUGUUCGCGUCUACUCAGCGAGGGACUACUCUGGUAACAUCCCUGCAUCUCACGUCCACAACGUGCAGGCGUCUGCCGCCACGUCCGGCAGACUUACCGCGCUCAACUACUCCCCCGACGGAUACUGCCUCUUCGCCGGGUUCGAGAAGGGUUGGGCAACCUGGAGCGUCUACGGAAUGCCACUGAGCAGCACCUUCCAAGCCGACCUUGCCAUUUCCUCUACAAAUGGAGAAGAAUGGCUUUCGGGUGUGCUAGAUGCCGCCUGGAUCGGAGGGUCUUGCGACCUUCUCCUGGCUAGCAGGUCUCACGAGGCUGUGUGGCUAUUGGAAAUGGCGCGGAGCGCGGUAACGGGGUGCUACAACCCAGCAAACCUGUUUCGGACCGUGCUUCAGAGCACUUCGAGUGUCCUGGUAUACCGGGGUUACGACUUACCAGAUCUCACAUCCAUUUCGGCUGAGCCCUCCCUUUGGCACACAAGCCGGAUCCCCGCUGUUUACCUUUUGAACCAGUGGCCCAUCAGGUGUACGGCCAUUUCAGCAGACGGCCGCUAUUUCGCCGUGGCAGGCAGGCGGGGGUUAGCCCAUUACAGCGUCAACAGCGGCCGUUGGAAGACGUUUGCCAACGACGGUCUAGAGAACGAGUUCCAAGUCAGGGGGGGCAUGUGCUGGUACCAGAACAUACUCGUCGCCGCUGUGGAAGCCAAUAGGUCCUUCGAGUUACGUCUUUACUCCCGCGAGUCAGCGCUCGACGGCGCUCCGGCGUACACACAACAAAUGGCGACACCCGUUGUCUUGGUCACCUCAACUGGCGAGGACUCGCUUCUGGUCUACACUUACGACAACCUCCUUUAUCAUUACAUCUUCGCCCCGAUGUCUGGCUCCAUCAAAUUGAUUGAAGUCGGCCACAUUGCUUUCCAUGGCAUCGUAAGAUCGCCUGCAAGAGUGAGGGGCCUUAGCUGGAUCCUACCCGACCACCAACUCCACGAGGGCGAUCCAACUCAGGAUGUAGCGCAUGCAUCUGUCCUGUUCUUGGUGGACGGGAAGCUAGUCCUCCUGCGCCCCUCGGUCAGCGACGGCAAUCUGAAAUACGACAUGCGCGUCAUCGCCCAUAAUGUCGAAUACUAUCUCAGCAUGAGGGACUGUCCACACACUCUUGAGGCCACACCACAGCGGCCCGUUCAGGCAGCCAAUGGCGCAGGAGGCAAAGGUCUCGCGGACUCCCUCUGGCUGUUUGAUGGCAACGAGCUGAAGGCGUGGCCUGACAUGGACCCGGUCAUGAAAGCGAUAUCAGGGGGGCUUUCAAGAGAGCUGCCCGCCAUGGUCCCCGUCCCUCUCGACUUCUAUCCGCUUUCGGUUCUGCUUCCGAAAGCUGUCGUGCUCGGCGUUGAGCCGGACCUCAUUCAGCGCCGCGAUAUCAGCUUCUCCUUCUUUCGCUUCUCCAUCAGGACCCACCUUUUCUUCCCUGAUAUCCUGCGGUUUUAUCUCACCGCCAACAGAGCGACCGAGGCCUUGCGACUAGCGCAGCAAUAUGAGCAUUUGGAAUAUUUCGCCCACGGCCUCGAGAUCCUCCUACACCACGUGCUGGAUGAGGAGGUAGAUGCAAACCCCACCCCCGCGCCUGAGCACGCCAUUCUCCCACGCGUACUCUCGCUCCUCUCGUCGUUCCGACAAUAUCUUGAUAUCGUGGUCCAGUGCACACGCAAGACGGAGGUGCGUUCCUGGCGCACCCUGUUCGCGUAUCUACCCCCGCCGCAGGAGCUGUUUGAGGAGAGCCUGCAGCGUGGCAGUCUGAAGACGGCGGGCGGUUAUCUCCUGAUUCUCCACACAUUCGAUGAGCUGGCUACGGCCAGCGAGCAAAGUGUGCGGUUGCUGAGCCGUGCCAUGCGCGAGGAAGACUGGGAUCUGUGCAAGGAGCUUGCGCGCUUCUUGGCGGCGCUUGACGAAACCGGCGAUACGCUGCGGGAAGCCAUGGAGAUGGUGAAUGCCCGCAUGGGACAAGAACACGAGGCCGACGAAGGGUCGGUCAGGAACGGAUUCAUGGCCAGACUCGAGAUUCCAUCCUCGGGAAUCUACCCCUCCCUCGGUGGCUCAGCGGGGGCUGGUCUCGGGCGGAUAGCGGGGAGCGAUUCGGACGCAGAAGGCCUGUCUGCUAGUGACGCGGGGUCUUUCAUCAGCAGCGCCUAAUCAGACAUCGAAGACGAUCAUUCACAGACGGCACGGUGCGGGCCCAAACGGAGUGGUGGCAGGCGGCAUGGCGCCUCGGGAUGGGAAGCCGGCGAGCUCCCAAUCAGUCAUGACAUGGAUAUACCGCCAAUAUUGAGGGUUGGAAAGUGCAUAGCCGAGAAGAUAGACGGAGAGGUUCGUCUGAGAGCCCGCCAUCGGUAAUAUAUCAUUCAUCCUCCCUUUGCUACCUAUGACGCCACAGGACUGGCGAAGAGCAAGACCCGAUGCAGCUUACCAUUGGCCCGUGCCCUGAAGCGCUUGCUGCUUUAAUUCGCGGCCUCGUCCCGCUCAGUCUCAC